CCAUGAAGAACUUUGCAUUCAUUUUACUACUUGUGCUCGCCAUUCUCCUCCGAUCCUCAACGAGCACCUUUACUUCUUCAGAUGACGAACCAUUGUACGAUUAUUCCGCAAGCACCGAGUGUAAAUUAGUUCCUGAGGAACCACUCUACAAUGGUGGCAUCAUCAAGAACCGAGCAGUCAAUCAAAUCCCGAUAAACUCCUCUGCUUUCGUCCUGAAUAACCUUAAGGCCAACACAAUAUACACCUUUUCCAGUUGGGUUAAGAUAACGAGCCAAGAAUCGGCUCUGAUACAAACGAGCUUGGUAAGUGGCAAUUUGACUUUGGUCAACUGCACGGGCACCGUUCUUGCUAGGUUCGGGUGCUGGACUUUCCUCAAGGGCGGAUUUUCUCUCGACUCAAAUAUAGACCAAGCUCGUAUAUACUUUAAGAAUGAAGACGGGCUACAAAUGAAUGUGUCGAUUUCCAGUGCUUCGGUUCAGCCAUUCACCAUUCAACAAUGGGAAAAGAACCAAGAGAACAUUAUAGACAAAUGUCGACGGUUGCCCGACGCCAAAGUCAUCGUUGAGCAAGUCACUCGAGACUUUCCAUUCGGGACAGCCAUUUCCGAGUUUAUUCUAAGAGAUCCGGCCUACCAAAAAUGGUUCCUCGAGCGGUUCAACGCAGCCGUGUUCGAAAACGAGCUGAAGUGGAACUUUACCGAGCCCGAGCAGGGGAAAGUCAACUAUCACGGUUCCCGACAAAAUGCUCGAUUUUCUCCGAACAAACCAAGUCGCCGUCCGUGGCCACAACGUGCUAAAUCGGCCGUCAAAUCGAGAAUACAAAGCGUGAUGUCGAAAAACGAGGAUGAGUUCGUGGGCUGGGAUGUGGACAACGAGAUGCUGCCGUGGGAUUUCUACGGGCCGAGACUGGGCCCGAACGCCAGCCUGGAGUUCUACCGGGCGGCCCAGGAGGCCAGCCCACGGGCCCGCCUUUUCAUGAACGAGUUCAGUGUGAUGGAGACUUGCGACGCCAGGUGUACGGUGGAUCGCUACGUGGAGAGGCUGCGUGGCCUAGUUGGCGGUGGGGUCCGAAGCCUUGGGAUUGGGCUUCAGGCCCAUUUUACCGACCCGAACCCAGCACUUAUCCGGGGCACGAUUGACAAGCUGGCGACCUUUGGUUUCCGGGUUUGGAUGACCGAGGUCGAUAUCAGCUCAGAACUUGAUCCUCAAACACAGGCCAAGAAUUUGGAAGUGGUUUUAAGAGAAGGUUUUUCGCACCCUUCGAUAGACGGGAUAAUGCUUUGGAUGACACUGCACCCGAACGGUAAAGGAUGCUACCAAAUGUGCCUAACGGACUACGAUUUCGAAAACCUCCCAAGUGGCGACACGGUGGACAAGUUGCUCAAAGAAUGGAAAACCGAGAAAGUCGAGGGAAAAACGAACGAGCGUGGCAACUUUAACUUCUCGGGUUUUCUUGGGGAUUAUGAGCUGACCGUUACCUACAAAAACAGGACAUCUCGUACGAGGCUGUCCUUAGGCCGUGGUGCCGAGACAAAACACUUGAAUAUUUAUUUGAUCUUUAACUUCUCAUUCAUUUUACUACUGGGGCUCACCAUUCUCCUCCGAUCCUCGACGAGCACAUUUACUUCUUCAGAUGACGAACUAUUGUACGAUUAUUCCGCAAGCACCGAGUGCAAAUCAGUUCCUGAAGAACCACUCUACAAUGGUGGUAUGAUAAAAAAUGGAGCAGUCGAUCAAAUCCCGAUAAACUCCUCUGUUUUUUCCCUGAAUAACCUCAAGGCCAACACAAUCUACACAUUUUCUAGUUGGGUUAAGAUAACAGGCCAAGAAUCGGCUGUGAUACAGACGAGCUUGGUAAGUGGCAAUUUGACUUUGGUCAACUGCACGGGAACCGUUCUUGCUAGGUCCGGGUGUUGGACGUUCCUCAAGGGCGGUUUUUCUCUCGACUCCACUAGAGACCAAGCUCGUAUUUACUUUAAGAAUGAAGACGGGCUACAGAUGAAUGUGUCGGUUUCUAGUGCUUCGGUUCAGCCAUUCACUAUACAACAAUGGGAAAAGAACCAACAGAACAUUAUAGAAAAAAGAUUGUCCGGCGCCAAAGUAAUCAUAAAGCAAGUCGCUCGGGACUUCCCGUUUGGGACAGCCAUUUCCGAGUUAAUUCUUCGAAAUCGAGCCUAUCAGAAAUGGUUCCUCGAGCGGUUCAAUGCAGCCGUGUUCGAAAACGAGCUGAAAUGGAACUUUACGGAGCCCAAGCAGGGGAAAGUCAACUACACGGUACCGGAAAAAAUGCUCGAUUUUCUCCGAACAAAUCAAGUCAUGGCCCGGGCCCACAACGUGUUAUGGGAGUCCCCAAACAUGGUUCCCCCAUGGAUAAAAAAUCUAACGGGCCCCGACCUGAAAAAAGCCGUCAAAUCGAGAAUACAAAGCGUGAUGUUGAAAUACAAAGACGAGUUCGUGGACUGGGACGUAGACAACGAGAUGCUGCCUUGGGAUUUCUACGGGCCGAGGCUCGGCCCAAAUGCCAGCCUGGAUUUCUUCAUGUUGGGCCAGGCGGCGGUCGGCCCGCGGGCCCACCUGUUCAUGAACGAGUACAACGUGGUGGAACACUGCGACCCGAAAUGCUCGGUCGACCGAUACUUGGAGAGGCUGAAAGGUCUCGUGGAUGGUGGGGUCCGCAGGCUCGGAAUCGGGCUUCAGGGCCACUUUUAUGUACCAAAUCGGGCCCUUAUUCGGGCCACGAUCGACAAGCUGGCCACUCUCGGGCUCCCGAUUUGGAUGACUGAGGUGGAUAUUAGCAAACGCCUUGAUCCUCAAUCACAGGCAAAAUAUUUGGAAGUGGUAUUAAGAGAAGGUUUUUCACACCCAUCGAUAAACGGGAUAAUGCUUUGGAUGGCACUGAACGCGAACGGAGAAGGAUGCUACCGAAUGUGCCUAACAGACUACGAUUUCAACAAUUUCCCGAGUGGCGACACGGUGGACAAGCUGCUCGAAGAAUGGAAAACCGAGAAAAUCGAGGGAAAAACGAACAAGCGUGGCAACUUUAACUUCUCGGGUUUUCUUGGGGAUUAUGAGCUGACCGUUACAUACAAAAACAGGACAGCUCAUCCUGACCCGGAUGCUGGAUCUUGGUCCGACCCGGUAAAGCCAAAUCCGGGUCCUGACCCGGAUCCACCCAUGCUUGGGUUUGAUGAGCCUGGUAGAAACCCAUCAUUACCAGUGGUCCCAGGUGGUGACGUCACUGUUGUUGGAGUUGGAUCUCUUGUGGAUUUUUGGCUGCAAAAGAGUAUUAUUGCUCAAGAU